AUGCCGGCCGCUACCAUGCAACAAGCACCGGAUGCGCCGCCCAGCCAUUCUAGGGUGACGGACAAGGACAGUGCCGCCAGCCUGAUGCCCAAGGUCCCCCCGCGUCCCGUCAAUAAGCGCAUCGACCGGUCCGUGUCGCCAAACCCCGAUCGUUUCGCUCGAUCGCCACUCCACGGCGAAAUAUCCCCCAAGGAUCCGAAGGCGAUCUUCCCCAGCAUGCACCAUGUCCUCCAGGAGCACGCCGACGAGCCGGUCGAGAAACCCGCCACCGUUGGCAUGCCCUCUGUCGGCGAAGAGGGCAUGGAAUACAGCGCCGUGACGCACGAGCUGCAUCAUGAGGAACAGAACGUCCGAUCGUUGCCGGUCGAACAGACGCGCACCAUCGCCAAUGAUCUAAAGCUCCACGCCCCGAAGCCGUCCCUGCCGGCCGUUAGCGCGAAGCAGCAGGUGAUGGCCGUCACUCGCACCGACUCCGAGAAGGCCGCCUCCUUCGGCAUUGGUCGGCCGGCGAGCGAUGUCGGCGAGCGUUCCGCCUCUCGCAACAGCGUUCGGAAGCGACCGAGCAGUAUCUACUCGAACCACAGCGACCAUACCGAUGAUGAGCAUGGCAUUCCCGAGAUUGGCCAACGAGUCCCCAUGAACCCGCACCUCGGAGAUGUCCAGGCUCCAUCUCCCGGUCCUGGUGCCGAAGGCAAGAAGAGGCACCACAAUCGCAAGCACAGCGCGCGCUCGCUCCCCCCCGGAAGUUACGGACUACACGGUCACGGCGUUGCGUCGCAGGACAAGCUCGACAAGGCUUAUUACCAGAAGCAUCCGGAAAAGCUUGAGAGGGAACACCACACCCCGCUGCAUGAUCGCCAGAACGACUAUGCCAUGAGCCGGGAGGACCUGAACAAGCUCUGCCCAGGUGCUGCCGAGAUCCGUGGAACUCCCACCGACGAUGUUGCUUUCCUAGCGUCCGAGGAGUAUGCCGCUCGUAUCUCUCCCGGCCUCGCUUCCGGGUUCACUGCUACCAAGACUGGCGGGCUCGCUGCGGAUCCUCAGAUGGAUUCGGCACGCAGUGACGGAACCUCUCCCGACAGCAAACUCAUCCACGUCGGUGACACCAAGCACCCAGAGUACUAUUCGUACGGCGCCGAGGUGAAUGCUCCUGCCGAAGAGGAGGAGGAAGAAUGUCCCAUUCUCGCAUCCGACGAGGUCAGCAAGGAGCCGAAAAGAAAAGUCCAACACCCGGCCGUUCGACCGCUUCUCGAGCGCCGUCGAAGCUCGACGGAUGACGAAACGUCGAUUCGCCCCGCCAGCCGGCUGAAUAACAGCAUCCGCCUGACCGUCACUCAAUCGGAGUAUUGCCCAACUCCUCUGGAGGAUGUGGAGGAGUAUGAACCUCUUUUUCACGAGGAGUCGAAGGAGGAGAUCAAGGAGGUGCAACCCAAGCAGGAGCCGGCAGAUGAUAAUGAGGGACGUCAUCAAUUCCCCAGUAAAGACGUAUGGGAAGAUGCUCCCAGCAGCGUCCACGUUACCGCCACCGUAUCGACGCCGGACGUGUCGGAGCAAACCAGGCGGAGGUCAUCGGCCUACGAGGACCGUCCGAUCACCCCCGCGCAAGCCUUUGCUCAAUAUCAGGAGCAGUUGGCCGAAAAGGAGGCCAAUGGUCGUGUCAACAACUUUACGCCCAUCCCGGAGGACAAGCCAACUUGGAUUGGCCAUCAAUCCCACCUGAAAGGCGGCGAACGACCCGUACGACCUACCCCCAAGAGAUUUCCCAGCCGUGAUAUAUGGGAAGAUGCCCCCGACAGCCACCACCACGAAGCCACGAUUUCUGGCUCGCCGACGGAGGAAGACGGCAAACCGGAAGUUCCUGCACGACCGACCAAGAAGGCAUCCCGGCCACCAGAGCCGCCAGUCAUCCAUGACCGUUCGGUGCCAAGCCAUGGUAGCGGUGAUGAGCUGACAAGAGCCCGGCCGCCCGUAUCCGACAAGCCGAAGCCGCUGAUUCCCGCGCGACCGUCGAAGAGUCCAUCGAGAGAUCCAAAGGACAGCGCCUUGUCGAAGCCUAAACCGCCCGUUCCUAGCCGGCCCGUUGGUGGUAAGAUUGCCGCGCUUCAGGCAGGAUUCAUGAGUGAUUUGAAUAAGAGGCUUCAGCUGGGGCCUCAAGCCCCCAAGAAGGAAGAUACCUUACCCGAGGCGGACGCUGUCGAAGAGAAGGAGAAAGCGCCGCUGUUGGAUGCAAGAAAAGGGCGGGCGCGCGGCCCUCAGAGAAGAGCUCCAGCGAAGAGUCUAGCGUCCGCCGCAGACUCCCAAGGAGCAACGACGGCUGUGCCAACUUUGUCGAUUUGCCUACCCCAGGUGCUGUGGACAAUCGACCCUGGGCGUGGCGAUGUCACUGUGGGUGCUCAACCCGAGGCAAUUCCCGACAUGGAAUUGAAUCUCGAACAUGCCGGGGUGAAAGUAUUGGGACACCCCGAGGAGUCGGAUGAACCCGAACCUGAGAGAGUGAAAGAGCCUCGGGUUAUAGACGAACAGCGAGAUGUUAAAGGGAUAAAGUCCGCGGAGGGAGAGAAGUCUCCAUCUGCUGAACAGGAGCCGGAAGCGGAGGCUGAGCUGGCACAAGAGAAAGCGGCACUUGCAUCAACCGUGGCAAGUGAAACUGUCUUAGCCGAGACGGUGACGAAGGAGAACGACGAGGCUGAGCCGGUGGAGGUUCACGAUGACGUUAAGGCUUGA